UUGCUUUUUGGAGUGUGGUGUCAAAAAAGCAGACUAUCUCUUUAUCACGGACAGACCUCUCCCCAUCUUUACAACCAUUGAAUCUAUAUGUUUUGACCAUGACAGUUUACAAUCUAAGGUAACGCCAAGUAAUGUUGUCUCCACAACUUGUUCAACAGCCAUUCCAUUCAUUACCAGAUUCAGCUGAGGUCUAGACCUUAGGGAAUGAUUUGUACCAAAUACAAUGCUCUUAGUUUUAGAGAUGUUCAGGACCAGUUUAUUACUGGCCACCCAUUCCAAAACAGACUACCAAUGAAGAGUUGUAAGCAUCAGGGUCUCCAAAUGAUUCAUGCUAGUAUAAUCCUUAUUUCCUCUAUCUCUCAGAAACGUGAGGUCAACACUGUGCUCUCUGACAUCAUCAAGCACAUUAUGCCGGAUCGUGCCUUUGAGGAUGCCUAUGCUCAGCUCCAGUCCGUGAUAAGGAAGAUCCUCACCUACUUUCAUGACUUCUCUAUCUUCUCCAUGGAGCGUUUCCUUCCCUUCAUGGACAUGUCCCAGAAGGACAGCGUCAGGGUGGAGGUGUGUCUCUCCAUCAUGGACAUCUUCAUUAAACACCAACAGGAGCACACUAGAGACCCUGUUAUCCUCAAUGCUCUACUGCACGUCUGCAAGACCAUGCACGACUCUGUAAAGUAAGUAGUCAACUGUGGGUGGGUGUGUUAUAAAGUGACCCUACUCUCUCUGUGUCCUUUAGCGCGCUGACUCUGGAGGAUGAAAAUAGAUCUGGCCUCUGGCCUUACUGAUCAAUGGCUUCAUACGCAUGGCUGUGAACCAGCUGGCCGUGGAGACAAGCCGUGUGAUGAGGGGGAGCCACUCCCAUAAGACUGCUGCUUUUGUCAGGAGUGUUCGUAGACAGGGUAGUCUAGCCUUCUCUCUGUUUGGCUGCCUCUUGGCUCAUGGGGAGCUACGUAACAACAAACUCAACUUGUGGAAUCUGAGCCACACACGCACCUCUGUGAGGACACUAGAAUUCAUCAAGCGCCAGGCCCAGCAGCCAGACAUGGUUCAACACCCCACCCUGCAGUCUAGGACCUGAGGCCAUCAACUACAUCCCUGGUCCCAUACAUCUACAGGGCCUUCAGAAUGUUUUCACACCCCUUGACUUUAGCAUUUUGUGAUACGGCCUGAAUUUUAAAAUGAUUACAUUUGGAUUAUUUUGUCACUGGCCUACACACAAUACCCCAUAAUGUCAAAGUGGAAUUGUUAUUCAAAAUGUUUACAAAUGUAUAAAAAAUAUAAAGCUGAAAAGUCUUGAGUCAAUAAGCAGUCAACCCCUUUGUUUUGUCAAAAAUAAAUCAGUUCAGGAGUAAAGAUUUGCUUAACAACUCGCAUAAGUUUUAUUGACUCCCUCUGUGUGUAAUAAGUGUCUAACGUGAUUUUUUGAAUGACUCCUCUCCGUACCCCACACAUACAAUAAUCUGUAAGGUCCCUCAGUCGAGCAGUGAAUUUCAAACACAGACUCAACCACAAAGACCAGCGAGGUUUUCCAAUGCCUCACAAAGAAGGGCACCUAUUGGUAGAUGAGUAAAAAAAUAAAAAAGCAGACAUUGAAUAUCUGUUUGAGCAUAGUGAAGUUAUUAAUUACACUUUGGUGUAUCAAUACACUCAGUCACUACAAAGAUACAGGCGUCUUUCCUAACACAGUUACUGGGGAGGAAGGAAACCCCUCAGGUAUUUCACCAUGAAGCCAGUGGUGACUUUAAAACAGUUACAGAGUUGAAUAUCUGUGAUAGGAGAAAACUGAGGAUGGAUCAACAACAUUGUAGUUAUUCCACAAUACUAACUUAAUUGACAGAGUGAAAAGAAGGAAGCCUGAACAGAAUAAAAAUAUUCCAAAACAUGUAUCAUGUUUGCAUCAAGGCACUGAAGUAAUGCUGCAAAAAAUGUGGUAAAGCAAGUUAACUUUUUGUCCUGAAUACAAAGUGUUAUGUUUGGGGCAAAUCCAAUAAAACACAUUACUGAGUACCACUCUCCAUAUUUUCAGGUAUAGUGGUUGCUGCAUCAUGUUAUGGGCAUGCUUGUAAUCGUUGAGGACUGGGGAGUUUUUCAGAAUAAAAAAAGAAACGGAAUGGAGCUAAGGACAGGCAAAAUCCUAGAGGAAACCCUGGUUCAGUCUGCUUUCCACCAGACACUGGGAGAUUAAUUCACCUUUCAGCAGGACAAUAACCUAAAACAGAAAGCCAAAUCUACACUGGAGUUGCUUACCAAGAAGACAGUGAAUGUUCCUGAGUGGCCUAGUUACAGUUUUGACUUAAAUCUACAAGACCGGAAAAUGGUUGUUUAGCAAUGAUCAACAACCAAUUUGACAGAGCUUUAAGAAUUUUGAAAAUAAUGGGCAAAUGUUGCACAAUCCACGUGUGGAAAGCUCUUAAGAGACUAACAGCUGACAAAGGUGCUUCUACAAAGUAUCAACUCAGGGGUGUGAAUAAUUAUGUAAAUUAGAUACCUGUGUUUCAUUUUCAAUGAAUUAGCAAACAUUUCUAAAAACAUGUUUUCACUUUGUCAUUGAGGUAUUGUGUGUACAUGGGUGAGACAAACAUUUUUUUUUAAUCAAUUUUGAAUUCAGGCUGAAUAAGUCAAUGGGUAUGAAUACUUCCUGAAGACACUGUACAUCCCCUGUAGAGAUUGUCUCACCUUAAAACUGCAUAUGUUUAGUGCCCACUAGGUGUCAACUAGGCCCCUGGAGGACUGUACACUUGCAGAUUUUACAGUAUUUCAGGAUUUCAUUUGGACCUAGUAAACUAGGUUUGUUGCCUCCAGCCAAUAAGUUACAUUAAUUGAUCAAUUCAUUUCCAGAUUGAUAUGACACUCCCUCUUCCAGUCUAGACUGAUCCUAGAUAGGAAGAGCUCCUUACUAUGCCAUGAACGAACAUUAUAGAUAACUGAUUCAUACAGUGACGUUAAACUUUACUCCAUUUCAAAUGAUUGUAUACUUGUGUAUUUCUACUGAAAUGACGUUUCUCCAUUCUGCGCUAACAUUUUGUAUAUUAUUGUAAUAAUGUCUGAACAUACAGGAUUGAAAAAAACUAAAUAGUGAUAUUGGGUAUUUGUUUUGGCUCCUCCGAAAGCAACCAACUCAUUCAAGCCCAGCACUCUUUAAAAAGACUGAGGACAGAAAAGCUAUCACCAUUUGUGUUUAUUUACUCAAUUAGUGAAUCAUUUAAAAAGGCAAACAACCCCCAUUUGCAUUCAAAUGAAAUAAUCAAAAACCAAAUGUUAUGUUCACCAUGCUGGCUUGCUUGCCAGAGCCCCGGUCUGUCUAAAAAGCCUUUGAUGACACAUAUUCCUCAACUCCGGUAGUGUUCACUAAAUAUUCUGCGCAUUACCGUACAUACUCACACACCAGAAGGAAUAAUAUAUAUUCAGGCCUUUAAUGCUAUCCAGGCAACUUAUCUUGUUGAGUUAGUGCAUUGAAUAAUGAUGUAACCAAUGGCAUGAACUUAUUUUUUUAAGUUGAGAUAUUUGUAGUGAUCCUUUGUGGCUCAGUUGAUAGAGCAACACGCUAGAAAAGCCAGGGUAGUGUGUUCUACUGCUGGGACCAUCCAUACGUAAAAUAUACGCACGGAGUAGCUUUGGAUAAAAACGUCUGCUAAAUGGCAUAUGUUAUAGUAGUAACACUUAUGGACAUCAUGGCUAUUAUCAAAGAUGUAACAUUAUAAUAACAAUAUCUGAAGGAUGUGUCUGUUAGCUUAGAAGAGUCACGUGAGAAUUUUAAUAGCAGUUAUAAUUCCAAAAUAGAGAACCUUUCACCACUCUUCUUAAACAUGAAUUCAAGAAAUUCCCAAAACACAUAAAGUAAGUUAACAGUGGAAAAUGUCAAAGAACUGGCUUAAAAACCACUGUAUACUCUAUACACGCAAAAGGAAUCUUCAUGUUGGAUACUGGGGUAUAUUUAAACCAAACCAUGUGAGAUUAAUAAUUAAGCUUCUGGAUAUAGACAAUAUAAUUCCACAGUAGGCUGGGAUUUCUUUUGUUUUUAUCUUAGUAUUUUUAAGUUUCUUUUUUUUUUUCUGGUCUCAAACAUCUGGACUGACAAAAUGGCGCAGUCACCAACUCAAUCUGACAAUGUAUUGGGGGGGGAGGGGCGAUGUAUUAGAAGACUUCAACGUAACUGAUUCGCAUUCACAUGAGCAUGCCAAACACAUUUAACACACACAGGUAUAUGACCUGAGCAUACCCAUCUACCAGUGGAGGUUGCUGAGGGGAGGAUGACUCCUAAUAAUGGCUGGAACAGCGCUAAUGGAAUGGCAAACACAUAGAAACCAUGUGUUUUAUACCAUUCCACUCGAGCCAUUUACCAUGAGCUUGUCCUCCCCAAUUAAGGUGCCACCAACCUCCUGUGCCAUCUACCCGUCUACUCCUGUCGACGUAAACACACGUAAUCUUUCAUAUGGAUUAUGAGUAAUGGUCAAGUCCGGCUUUAGCUUGCAGCCAGGUGUACGAUGCCUGACAGGUAUGUCUCUCUACACCAUGCAACUACCACAUAAGUUGUUUAUAGUAAUUCUUGAAUACAAAUUACUACCUGCACCUGUGGAAGAUGCAUGGUAUAUGAGGAGAAAAAGCAGCACUCCCUAGAAUGAAAAGGGUUUCUUUGUUGUUGUAGUAUCCCAGGCUGAUGUGUUAUUUUACGAGUUGAAUUAUGACUGAAAUGAAUACACAGCCAUUGUUGAAUCUUUUCUGUCCCUGUGGAUGAGGGAAAAUAAGUCCAGGGAAGGAAGGAUUGCAGUUGCUCUCUUAUCCUUUUUAAAGAAACAAACCUACACAGAAAA